GUACAACUGUUGGGAGAUUUACAAACUAUUUUUCCUUCUUCUGACUUUUUCGCAUUUUUUUUUUCUCCCCUUUUUGCUCACGUUUUUGGGGAAUCCUCUGCCCAGUAAAGAUUUAUUCAGGCUGCAGGUUUAGCAAAAGAUAAAGGCUUUUCUCUCUUUCUAUCUAUAUUUUAUUUUUAUUGUAUUUUUUUUGCAGGAUUUCAGGAAUUUUUCAGGAUUUGCAGGACACUUUUUUCUGCAGCAAUAUUACUGGAUUACUGUGCAUGAAACACAAGGAGAGAAGCUCACCAUCUAGAACACAUACAUUUGCUUUUUCUAACCGGUUGUACCAUAGAUUUGGCUGCAGCAACAGGUAUUAUCCCAGUGCUUGUUGCUUCGUGUAUGGGGACAGCAGCAGCCACCUGGGUGUGAGCAGUUUGCAUUUUUUUAUUUCUUUUUUGCACACAAUAUUACAGUGCAUCCCUAUGUUGUGCCAGUGAAGGGACUGCAUUGCUGGUGGUUGCCAUUGCUGUUUUGUUUUGUUUUUGGAUUAUUUUGCAGGGACACCCCCCCCCCCCCCCCCCCCCUAUUUUCUGUAUUUUGAGCACUUUGUACCCCCAGAUCUCCUAUACAAUGAUCCUGUCUGCCUGCUUCAUCCUGACCCUGUGCCUUGGGCUUUGCCAGUGUCUGGGCUCUUUUGUGCACUGUGAGCCUUGUGAUGAGAAGGCAAUGUCCAUGUGCCCACCGACCCCUGUGGGCUGCGAGCUGGUGAAGGAGCCAGGCUGUGGCUGCUGCAUGACCUGUGCCCUGGCGGAGGGACAGUCCUGUGGGGUCUACACAGAGCGCUGUGCUGGGGGGCUCCGGUGUCUUCCUAAGCAAGGGGAAGAAAAGCCACUGCAUGCCCUACUCCAUGGUAGGGGGGUCUGCCUCAAUGAGAAGAUCUACAGGGACCAGGUCAAAAUAGAGCGGGAAUCAAGAGAGGAAGGUCCGACUACUUCAGACACCGACGACCAUUACCACCCAAAGCAAAAUCCCCGUAAAGUAGUACCUGCAGUCUCUGAGCAGAAAGUCAGAGCCCUGAACACAUAUCAGUGGAAGAAGCAGUCAGCCGCAAGGAUUGUACCAGUGGAGAACAAGGCCCAGACCAUCUCCUCUCCUGAGUACAACAUAGAGUCUGAACUGGGUCCCUGCCGUAGACAAAUGGAAACUGUCAUGCAAGACAUGAAAGUGUCUCAUCGUGUGUACCCCAGAGCUUUCUAUAUCCCCAACUGUGAUCGGAAAGGAUUCUUCAAGAGAAAACAAUGCAAACCCUCCAGAGGCCGUAAACGUGGAAUCUGCUGGUGUGUAGACAAGUAUGGACUUAAGCUUCCAGGUAGUGACUAUGCCACUGGUGACCUGCAAUGCCACAGCUUCGACAGUAGCAACAUUGAAUGAUUCCCCGGUCGUUGACCUCCUAUGGCUGGAUGGACGUGAUCACUUGUGGUUUUUUUUUGUUACUUUUGUCUUGGGAUGUCCACAAGGAUCUCUCCUUUUUUGAUUUGAUUUUAUUUUCCUCAUCUCAUCGGCGAUAGCAAACAAAUAAAAAAUCUUGAAAGCUUUGGAAGAUAUCUAUAAAAAAAAGACAAUGAUGAAGAAACUGAGGAAAGGAGAAUGUCUAUGUACGAAACACAGUGUAAAGCUUGAGGUAACAGAGAAGCGAAACGUUUUUCUAGAGUAGAGAUAGAUGGUCUGAGCCGGCCCGGCCGUGGAAGAUGCUCUGUUGCUUUUAUUUUUAUUUUUUUGCUUUAUUUUUGACAAUGGGGAAAGGUCCCGUAAGCUCACGCUGGCUUCACGCUGUUGGUUUUGACUAAGUCCAAGCACAUGUAGAUUAUUUUUGAAACCUGUACCUUCACACAAAUAUUUUUUUCAGUAUGGUUCUUGUACUCUAUUGCCUAUAACCCGAUGGGCUUGUACCACCAAAAUGAUUUAUGAGGGAUGACCAAUUAGUCAUUAUCUACAGACAACCAGCAGGUAUCUUGCAUCUCAACCACGUCACUAGUGGCAAAAGAUAAUUGAUGAGGAGGUGAUAUUCUGGCUGGUUUUUCGCGGACUGAAGCUCUAGAAAAUGCUAACCUGUUACUUUCAUUUAUUUUUUAUUUUUUAUUUUUUUGACGGGCACAGGACACUUGUGAAAAUGCACUCCAUAUGUAAAGCAUUGCUAUCUGUUCGUAGUAAGACUCAGUGUCACACCGUGCAUGGAAUAGGUGACUCCUGGUGCCAGUUUACUCUUCACAAAGACCCUCUUUGCAUUUUGUGCCAUUAAAAAACUUAAAAA